CACUUUUAAACGCAAUCCCAUCAACUCUGUCUGAAAUCUAGCACAACUCAUCUUUUGCGGGAACGAUGUCGUCCAGCUGCCCCUCCAUCGUACAUCCAGAUGCGUCCUCAAUCAACGUGACUUCACUCCUAUACAAGCAGUAUCAGGAUGCCCCGAAAGACGACUGGGAGCGACUGUUCAAGUGCUGGGGUAUAUCUGACUGCGGAGAUUGUCAUCACAGCAAUGGAUUUUGUGGAUGGUGUCCGAUCUCCUCAACAUGUCUCCCUCUACCCAGGGACCGCCUCUCCAAAGCCUUCCCGCUCUUGACCCCAGUCCGGUACAAAGACAUCUGCGCCCUCGGAUCCGAGCGCUUCGAGCUCAGAACCGGUGGCCUGGGAUGUCAAGUCUCAACAAUCACUUUCUUAACCGCCAUUGUCACCAUCUUUGCUACCAUUUUCGGCCUCUUGGUCAUCUACGGCCUGGCGACUGUCAUCAGAUGGAUCUACCUAGCGACUAAGGGAAGCAACAACGGCUGGGUACAGUAUGGGGAUGGCACCGGCGAGAUCUGGGUCAGGAAGGAGAGCUGGGGUAGAUGGUGGAGGAGAAUCACUGGGCAGCAGAAAGAGUAUGAGGUUGAAGAGCUUGAUGAAGGGACGAAUGAGAGGGGCUGGAAUUGGUGGAGGGCGGCGAAGAGGAGUAUCAAUGGUUCGGCGGAUGAAGGGAGGGUGCGAUUGGAGUAAGGACUCUCUGAACAUGCGACUGCACCUUCUAUUUGGUUCACUUGAUCGGCCUGGAAUGAUGAGCCAAGAAGAGGACCGGCAGAGCUCCGUCCUGCGGUUCUCACCUUCACUUCAAGUCCACCUCCUAUGGCGUCAUCAGGCGCAACAUACGAGCUCUCGAUUCUACUCUCAUCUGUCUCCUCUGGUGCAAGUGAGUCUCUGCCUGCGCUACGCCCGCCAUAUAAUCCACGCUUCUUCAUCUUUUCAACAAAGUUCCUUCUUCACCCCGUUCUUCACAGUAACCACUUUCUACCAACUCAGCAAUUUCUUCAUAACUUUCUCACGUCAAUAGCUGCUACCAUUUUCAGGGUGCCCGGCAGCACCGUAUCCCUCAGGUCGGAUGCAGGCGACUCUGAUGCGUCUGUGUCCGGGGUAUCCGUACACCAUCUCGCUCAAGCGAUAUCGAUAAAGCCCCUCUCUUCCAGAACCUCUUAAUAAAGA